ACCUUUGUUGUUCGUUCAUUCAUUUACUCCCGACUAUACCUUCCUUUUCGACAGAGCUUGGUCUCUCCGCUUUUGCUUUUGUCGUGGACGAUUUUGCUUCAUAUAUUCCCAGAAACACUUUUCGCUCCGUUGUCAUCGCCGAAUUCCAAGAUGCUCGUCUCCACUGCUUUGGCUCUUGCCGGCACGGCUAGUUUCGCCGUUGCGCAUCCAUUUCGCCCAACCACUGCUCGUCGAGCCGUCACCUCUUUCCCCGCCGGUACCUCUUUCGAUAUCAUUCUCAACAAAGCCUCAACCAACGCCAAGGAGAUAUCUUCCAACAACGCCUUUUCGGUCAUCGAUAUAGAUCUGUUUGACAACGAUGCUAACACUAUUGCCGACUACAAGGCAGCUGGCAAGAAAGUGAUUUGCUACUUCUCCGCUGGAACCCGUGAGGACUGGCGUGACGACAAGACUAGCUUCCAGAGCAGUGACUAUGGCAAGGCCAUGGAAGACUGGCCUGGCGAGAACUGGGUUAGCGUGAAGAGUGACAACGUCAAAGCCAUUAUGAAGAAGCGUAUUGCACUGGCCAAAGAGAAGGGCUGUGAUGCAAUCGACCCAGACAAUACCGAUGGUUUCAGCAGUAACCAAGACGGCUGGGGCUUCCAAAAGGCCGACUACGCCGCCUACAUCAAGUUUUUGGCUCAAGAAGCUGCCGCCGUUGACCUCUCCAUUGGCCUCAAGAACUCGCUCGAUCUCAUCCCUGACGUCAUCGAUGUAGUUCAGUUCGCGGUCAAUGAGCAGUGCCACGAGUAUGAAGAAUGUGAUGCGUACAAGCCUUUCACUGCCGCCGACAAGGCCGUGUUCAACAUCGAGUACGGCGGUCAAAAGUGUGAUUCUCCUGCUGAUGUCAAACUCACCAUCUUGAACAAACCCGCCGACCAGGGGUUGAACACUCUCGGUGGCCAGUGUGCCGUCAGCGGAGGUGAGCCAGCUGCUGCCCCAUCUUCCAGUCAAGCUCCCGUGAGCUCUGCGAAACCUUCGGCUACGGAUGGUGCUACGAAGCCAAGUGUAACUGCGGCUCCAUCGGCUACCCAGACUGGGGCUCCUCCUGAGCCGACGCCCACCACUCCCAGCGAGGAUGAUAAUGAGGAAGACGGAGACGGAGAAGAGGAGGGAGAGGAGGAGAAGAGCAGGCCGAAGAAAGGGCAAUCGUGGGCCUGGUGGAAGAACAACUAAGCAGUUACUUCAGUUGAGCAACAUCGUCGCGGGGGAAGGGCAUGUUUCUGGGUACGAGCUUCUGGGGUUUUUGGAGGGACUUGACGUCUUUCGAGGAGUACAAUUCGCUUCUUUCGUAGAUAUUACGCCUUCUUCAAGCGCAUAGCGCAAAAAAUUACAUUCGUUUGUUGGUUUUGGUUGUCCUGAUUUAAGUGCCGGUCCCUCGAGUGUAGUGUCAAGCCCUUGUACCUCGUCAGAGCUUCAAUCUCUCUCACAGAAGGGGAGAAGGAACACCGGUGUGUCAAAGGACCUAGGUAGGGUUUACUCCAGAAUAUCGGGUGAUCUUAUGAAAAUGUGCCCAAUGAGGACUAAUAUUUGAACCUUGCAAGAACGUUCAGUAGCAAAAAUCACGUGAACAUGCCUGCGGGCAGUUGCGACGUCUAGACUGAAGGAGGGAACGGAUACCUUCCCCUCUACGCUCUCCUUUCUCACAGACGGCCUACGUCAUGACCGUGCAGCAAUGAUAAUGCACGAUUGAAAGACCCUGGUAAUGGGGAGGCUAAUCCAUUUCUCUCUGCUCACCGCAUCAGCGCACAAUCGUGUCAUCGUACAGAUUGUUCGUGCAAGACAGGCAUGCAUAUAUGCACUCAUGGAGGCCGAACGGUCGAUAAGUCAACGCCG